AUGUUGUGCUGAGGGACACGGUUUAGCGAGAACCAUUGGUGAAGGGCGAAUGGUUGGACUGGGUGAUCCCGCGGGUCUUUUCCAACCUUAGCGAUUCUAUGAUUCUAUGAUCGCCUCCUGAUGCUCUGCACACCAGCCGAGGAGCGGCGCUUCCCCGUGGGCGGAGGGGCACGCGUCACAGCCAGAGCAUUGUGACGCAAUCACCCUGCAGAGUAGCAGAAGCACCGCUCCCUGGGCACAGAGAGCACUUGGUGCUGAGCACCGGCACUGCGAGGAGGUGGGAGAGAUUGGGAGAGGAGACUGAAGGCAGAGAGUGCCCCCGGUGCCCUCCCAGCCCACAGCGUGGUCGAGGACUGUCGCGAACCCAUCCGCAGCUGUGCGCACUGAGCGCUGAAGCCAUGGCAGAGAAGUACUCCAGUGAAAUGCUGGCGGUAGACAACGCUGAGUCAGGCGCACUGCUGGAGGAGCUCAUGGAGUAUAAGAAGAGGUCUGCGGAGCUGGCAGCUGUUCUCCGAGAGCAGACCAAAAUCCGUCAGGCACUGAAGGAGGAGGUGGAAAUGGAGAUGAAAAACCUCCAGAAGGCACAACGGAGGGCCCAAAAGCGCACUGCGCCCAGGAGGAAGAUGACACGCAGGGAAGAGCACAUGAGUUCCCUGCUGCAGGAGACAGUGGCUGUGCGAUUGGAUGAGCAGACGGCAGCACAGAAGCAUCCACUUGUAACUUCCUGGCUGCGGAGGUUUCUGCUGUUCUUGGGCCUGCUGCAGCUUGUUUUCUUCACCCUAGUUGUGCUGCAGAAGGACAUCCUCCGCUGGGUCCUGCCUGCAGAGCUGGCACCUGCCCUUGGCAUCCGUCCACCUACGCCCGCUCUUUUCUGACCCCAGAACACACUGCGGCCCUUCAUCGGGACACCAUUGGGCCUGCACAAGCAUUAGGGAGUCUGUCACCAUUGUCACCCUGUCACCAAUCACGUCAAUAAAAUCCAUCCCAAUUCCCAAAUGUCUUAUUCGUGCAUGAGAGGCGUUAGAGCCCGUCGACAAAUCCCUGUUGAACCUUGGGAAGGAUAAAGUGGGAUUCCGGAGCUAAGAAACAGGACUCAGGGAAUCGGCAAGGCUGGAAAUGACCUCCAAGGGCUCCAACCAUCCACCUAUCACCAAUAUGUCCCAUGACUCCACGGCCCUAGGUACAAAAGCUAAAAGUUUCUUGAACACCCCCAGGGUUGGUGACUGCAUCACCCCCAGAAAUGCCUCCGAAAGCAAGCUUGGAGCCAAAAGCAAAGCAGGGUUCGUUCACCCCACCAUAACCGCUACAUGAGCUCUAGGAGAACUCUCCGUUUGCAUUUCUGUGUUUUCACCUACCGCAACUAUACCCAAGUUUCUACGCAAGAGCUAAAACCUUUACAUUCCCAGAAGUUGUUGUUUUCUUUUGUGAGCUUCUUUAUCAAACGUAGAUGCUUUUUUAAUGCAGCCCGGGAUAGAGUUGGCCUUCCAGGCUGCAAGCAUGCACUGCCGGCUCCCGUCCACCUUCUGGUCCACCAGGACCCCAAAGACCUUCUCCACACCAAAGCCCUGAGAAAGGUUUCCCUUCCAGACCAGUCAAAGCUGAUCACUCAGUCAUGGACUACUAGCAUCUCACCGGCUCUUCCUAUACACUUGAGAAGACAUAGCUCAGAGACAACUAGAACAAACCAACCCUCUAAGAGCAACAAAAACAAACAACUGGCACUUCUGACAGUGUCAGCAAAUUUCAGGUCACGAUUUGAAAGACAGAAGCUGAGGCUGACUGAAAACCGUACCCUCGCCCACCACGACAGAGUCUCAGGUCAAGUACUCAGAGCAUGCUCACGCUCAUCUAGAAACCAACAUUUGACAUUUGAGCCUGCAUGUCAGUAUUGCCUUCCUGCAGUAAGCUUACUUAUUAUUGGCCAUGUGGCCAAUCCAAUGCACAAAUCCAAGUCAAGAAAUCUCAACUGACUGACUAAACAUCGACCUUAAAAUCAGAAAUUCCUGCUCUCCUAAGCAGUCUGCUGGAUUACUCCUAGUAAAAUAGUCAUUCCUUUUACCUAGUAUUUUUAAAUGUGUUCUACAUGUGGUGAUACUCUGGCAGUGGUGAAGCUUCAGUUUCAUGUCUAUUCAGUCCAAGUUUUAUGAAACAACUUUCGGCUCCCUGUAAUGACAUUGUCAGUGCUGUGACAGAAACCAAGCUUCAGAAAGUCCUCAAGGAUACAAAAAAUUGAAGACAUUUGCUUCAUUCAUCUACUUCCUCUGCCUUAAGUUAGAAUACAGAAAGAAUUUAGCAGGUACACUUGCUGAACUAGCUGUUCUCAACAUCUGGAUCUUAAGUCCAGCGAUAACAUGCAUGACGAACUCUGAUUGUUCCCGCUCCACCUUUCAAUAACACGCAUGCUUUGUUAUUCUGUUUUGUCUAUCGAGUCUCUCUCAUGGAAGCAUGUAAAAACCAUAAACCACCAGGAACUAAACAAGCAGCCCAUGUUUCUUUGGCCUUUAUGUUUCUUCUGUUGAUUCUCUCUUCCAGUUAUUCAUAUUACAACAGGAAUUUAUUUAUUUACUUACUUAUUUUGGAAGAUCAAGUAAAUAGAAUAUACUGGUAGACACACAAAGGAUUGUGCAUUUCACUUGACUUUGACAUCAUUUGCUUCCCCCCCCCACCCCCCUCCGUGAUUACUCAAAAAGACUAUUUCAAAUGAAAAAAGCAAGCCUUAAAGAAGUCCUAAGUGGUGUAAAGAACAAGUAUUCUAAUUUCUCAAGAAGAAGAAAUUCCAUGCAUCUUCCAAAAGAAAGGAUUUACCUAGCUAUUCUGCCUGUCUUCCCCAUCAUUUUUAGUAGUUAGUACAUUAGUACCUUCUACUACUGUAGUUAUAUCACCAUACCAAGAUUAUCUUGAUGCUUAUAUUCUUCAGCUACUUGCAGAAUGUUACGGUUCCCUAAAUCAUAGUCAUUAUUGGAAGCAUUCUUACUCGUACUUCUGGUAGAACUUAAGAGGUUCCUGGUACAAGUCAAAAAUAUUUUGGCAAAAUUUACAAAAGCACACUUAAUAUCAUCACUUCCAAUAUAAGCAUGUGCAACAAAUACAUAGGCUUCAUCAUACAUUGUAAGAGAAAACCUCGUCUUGCUCUAUACUCAUCAUUUUCCUCUGAAACACGCCAUUCACCACCACACUGUGCUCACAUUCACCCUUUUGCCUCCCUAAAAGUUCAGCAAGGAUUGUUGAACGCCAGUGGGUGCCCUUUUUUUCCAACACCAAGUAAUUCAAUGACACACCUGUGCUUCAUCCACGCUCCUAUAUCAGACGCCAUCCUGUCAGACUGCAGACAGCAACAGAAGUCAUGGGGCAUUGACAGGAAGGUUCAAAAUCUACCACCAACAUCCACUUCCAACGUUACAGUCCAACACACUAAAGAAGGAGGCACUAACAGAGCAGACCUAAUAGGAAGUCCCCCAGGUUAAGAAACGCAGCUGAAAAGCUCACAUUCAUGCACACCAUCAUCACCACAGGUAAAGCAGACAGACAAAACUGUACUACCCAUUUUUGUACUAUCAUCUCUCACCUGUAAGCUGAGCACCCACAUUAGCAAAUCCACUGUCACAGAGUUUAACAUGUUUGUUUUGUUUUGUUUUGUUUUUUCCCUGAUAUACAUUCUUGUUUUGUUGUUGUUGUUGUUUUUUCUUCAAAGUAGUCCCUUAAUUUGUUAGAGUUUUUUCUGGCGCAGAUAUUUCCAAUGGCACCAUUCUUUCCUGAUCAUCAGGGGCAAUAGCUGAACAUCACCACCCGUUUUAUUCCGGUGACGUAGCUGUGGUCAUUAUAAGGCAAUCAUUCUGCAUUUCUCUGAGCUGUUUUCAACUUUCUUAUCUUCACCACGUAAUGAAUGUUAAGUGCUGUAUUCAUCAAAUACUACCAAGCAAAGUAGAGUGUCUUCUACACAAAGGAAAUAUGAAUAUGACCUUUGCAUAACACUAAACAGGAAGUUAAAACAUUAGUUCCUAAGAUCGAAAGGCCUUAGGAACAUAAGCAGCUUAUUUAUGUAUUAAGGACGUAACACGUUUACAUUUUCUCAUUCAUUACGUUUUUCACUAAUUUCCUCUCCAGCACUUCACCUCCCUUAUUGCCUGGACCAAGUGGGCAUGUUUUUCACAUUUUGGACAAAAGGCAACAAUCUAUACACUAUCAAGGAAAAGAAAGCAUUCUACAGAACAUGACACAUUAGUUCUAGAGUAUUUUUUAAUCAAAAAACCAUUUUUUUAGAAGCUACAGCAAAAAAAAAAAAAAAAAAAAAAAAA